AUGACCAUUGAAGUUAGAAAUAAACGUUACUUUGCAUUGUCUCCCAUUAAUUACACUAACGAGUAUUAUAUUUCAUGCAGUGAUUGGAAGUGCACGCAGAGAGAAAAGCCGUUCACGAUGUCCGCCUAUGAAACAGACGCGGACGGCCUUCCUGUGGGCCAGUCGAACAGCACGGUGGUGCCGUACAACGUCGAACCCCGUUGUUUCACGAAACAAAUGGUGAAGGACGGCUUCAUGUUAACCACGGAUGGCAGCCUUUACCUUACUGGUGACCACCAACGCGUACCGGACGUCUUGUACUGCGUGGAGUAUUACGCCGAGGCCGGUGCACAGGUGGACGCCGUCCUGCAGGCGUUCGUGUGCGGCGAGGACACACAGAAUGGCUGGAUGUUCAUAUUCCUUAUGGUUAAUAGUAUGGCGUCUAUCGUGUGCUUGGCGCUCACGCUGCUCGUGUAUAACACACUGCCCAGCUUCCAGAACAGCCGCAACUACUACGUCAAGCCCUACAUUGCCGUCGAGCUCAUGUCAUUCCUCUGUGCAGUAAUCAAAGAUAUUACGAAUGACAUACAUGGCUAUACAUGCGUUCUAUACGGUAUAUCUUACCUACAUUGUUAUCAUUCUUUGAUUAAUUCCUACCACAUAUUUCAUACCACAUAA